AUGCUUGAGGAGCUGGAACUGUCACUCCACUCAGGCGUCGUCACCACAUCCAGCUUCUUCAGCCUCGCUGAGACCUGCAACGCAGCGGCCGAGGCCUGCCCGCUCCUGAAGCGCUUCCGGCUGAACAAAUACUGCUUCCACUGGCGGUCCGGCAUCGGCGACAGCGAAGCCACGGAGAUCGGGAAGAUGCGCGGCCUCCAGUUCCUGCAACUCUUCGGCAACAGCCUUGGCAACGACGGCCUCACGACAAUCCUCCGUGGCUGCGUGCGUCUCGAGUCUCUCGACGUCCGCCAUUGCUUCAACGUCGAGAUCAACGAUCAGGUGCGAGCGGAGUGUGCCAGGCUGCAAACGCUGAGGCUACCGGACGACUCUGUUGACGACUACGACCUCAGUUUCGGCAGUCCUGAACGAGGGAUCCCAGAUUUUUAUAGGAACGUCGGUGAUCCUGAUGAUGAUCCGGAUCCGACGGGUAAUCCCGGAUCAUGGUGGUACUUCCGCUAA